GGCAGAGGGCCCGCCGCUGCCAUGUCUACCAACGCACCGCUCAAAUCAGUGGACUACGAGGUGUUCGGGAGAAUGCAGGGUGUUUGCUUCAGAAUGUACACUGAAGGUGAAGCUAAGAAAAUAGGAGUAGUUGGCUGGGUGAAGAAUACCAGCAAAGGCACUGUGACAGGCCAAGUGCAAGGCCCUGAAGAGAAGGUCGAUUCCAUGAAGUCCUGACUGAGCAAGGUUGGAAGUCCUAGUUCUCGCAUUGACUGCACAAACUUUUCUAAUGAAAAAACCAUCUCUAAACUUGAAUACUCUAAUUUCAGUGUUCGAUACUAAUAGAAAAGAAAUUAAAAUUGUAAUAACUCCAAUGCACAAUAGAUACUAUUAUAUUCUGAAGUCUAUAUUCUAGAAUAGUAGUACCGAAGUAGGAUUUAAAAAAGGGUACUUUCUGUUCUGAAAGCUACAGAAUUAUGUUGCUAAAAAUGUUUAUCACUGAAAUAAUUUUAGCAGACCUUUUUGAAUAAGCAAAACAAUUCUAAGUUUGAAAAUGUCAUUAUGAAUAUUUAAUAUGAACAUUCAAUUUAAGCCUGUCUCAUGAACUCUUUCAUUUCAAUGAACAUUAUAGCAUACAUAUUAUUUGGUUAGACAUAGAAAAUAAAGUGAACCAUCCAAGUUAUUUUAAAGUACUGUUUGUCUAGAGUGAAUUCUAAUGCUGUCUGAAUAAUAAUUUGCUAUUAAAAUUGAGUUUAAUGAUUGAAGUCUUUAAAAGAACCAGUGGUUAAAAUAAAUAUUUGUAUGUGAUCAGUAUAAUCAUAAAAUAAUAUCAAUAAAGAGUUAAUUUAAAAAUUCUGUUUCAAGAUAAACAUGA